AUGUUUCAAUUUUUCACAUAUUAUUCAUUCCAAAUUUACAGGGAAAAUAAAGUGGUCCAAAGGGAGAUUGUCACUAAGCUGAAGCUUAUGUUAGACGAGUUCAAUGUUCAUGCAAAGGCUUUUAGGAUGGCAAGGGAUCUUUUGAAGUCUAAUAAUUUCUUAGACUUAAAGCUGAGGCUCAUUAGUGAUAGACCCGAGGACGGACGGGUGUACAAUAGACCCACUGUGUCAGAAGUUGCUGCUCUGAUUGUUGGAGAUAUUGAUUCUGCCUCUAAAAGAGACAUAAUCAUUCAACCACGCGAUGGUCAUUUGCAACGCAUUGAUGAGUUUCAUGCUGCGUACUUAGCAUAUCAAUACCCUCUCAUUUUUGUGUAUGGAGAAGAUGGAUACAGGAAAAAUAUAUUGAAGAAAUAUGAACAUCAAACUGAAGUUAAUAGGAGAAAUCGUCAGUCCAUCAAAGAUUGGCUAUCAUUCCGAUUGCAGGAACGCCACAACGAGGCUAAAACAUUACUUCACUCAAGACGGCUAUUUCAACAGUUCUUAGUUGACGGUUAUGCAAUGAUGGAGUCUGAACGACUUAAUUGGUUGAGGGACAAUCAAUCAAAGUUAAGAGUUGGUAAAUACAAUAAGUUGAAUGAUCAAUGUGGUGGUGGCGAGCCAAGUCGACGAUCAAAGCGAGGAAAACGUGUAGUAUUACCAUCUACUUUUGUUGGUAGCAAGAGAUACAUGGAUCAAUUGUAUUUUGAUGGGAUGGCCAUUUCAAGUAGGUUGGGAUUCCCUGACUUAUUUGUUACAUUUACUUGCAAUCCCAAUUGGCCAGAAAUCACCCGUGCAUUGUCUGGAACUGGGUUAAAGCCGCACGAUCGACCAGAUAUUAUUACAAAAGUUUUCAAAAUCAAGUUUGAUGAACUCAUGAAUGAUAUUACAAAACACCAUGUUCUCGGAAAAGUCUUGGCAUUUAUGUACACGAUUGAAUUUCAAAAGCGGGGAUUGCCGCAUGCACACAUUUUGAUCUUCUUGCACCCUCAAAGCAAAUAUCCAACACCUUCGGACAUAGAUAACAUCAUUUGUGCAGAAAUCCCAGACCCUAAUCUUCAUCCAACUUUAUACAAUUUAGUUAAGGCACACAUGAUGCAUGGACCUUGUGGUCUAUCACGGAUGAACUCACCAUGUAUGAAAAAUAGAAAGUGCUCGAAGUACUUCCCGAAGAAGUUCAUUGAAGACACAAUCGUUGAUGCUGAAGGUUAUCCCCUUUAUAGAAGAAGGUCAAUCUCCCAUGUUAUUCAAAAAAAUGGUAUCGAGCUGGACAAUCGACAUGUUGUACCUUUCAAUACAAGACUACUUUUGAAAUACCAUGCACAUAUAAACAUGGAAUGGUGUAACCAAAGUACAUCCAUCAAAUAUCUUUUCAAAUAUAUACACAAAGGCUUUGAUAGAAUCACGGCAACAGUUUCAAGGAAUGACAAGGAGCCAGUUGAUGAAAUCAAACAAUAUCUGGACUGCAGGUAUGUAUCCCCGAGUGAAGCGUCUUGGCGAAUUUACUCUUACAAUAUUCAUGGCAGAAAACCUGCAGUCGAACGUAUGUUCUAUCAUUUAAUAGGUGAGAAAGCUAUUUACUACACCGAUCACGAUCGAAUGGAAAAUAUAUUGGAAAAUGCAAGUGUCACCGAAUCCAUGUUUACUGCUUGGCUGGUUGCAAAUGGGAAAUACGAAGAAGCCCGAACACUAACAUACGGCCAAUUUGUAUCAAAAUUUGUUUAUGAUAAGAGAAAAAGAAUGUGGAAACCUCGCAAAAAGGGGUUCACCAUCGGUCGUUUGAUAUGGGUUCCACCAACCACUGGAGAAUUGUUUUACCUGCGGAUGAUGUUAACGGUAAUCAAGGGACCGACGACUUAUGAGGAAAUUCGGAAAAUUGGUGACAACCAAUAUGAUACAUUUAGGGAUGCAUGCUUUGCAAUGGGCUUUCUUGAAGAUGAUAGAGAAUACAUUGGAGCUAUCAAAGAGGCGAGUGAAUGGGGUUCAGGUCAUUUUCUUCGCAAACUUUUCGUCGUUAUGCUUUUGUCAGGUGCUGUUAAUCGCCCUGCUCAUGUUUGGAAAGAAUCAUGGGUGCUAUUAGCGGAUGGUGUGUUGCAUGCCCAAAGACAACUGGCUCAAAAUCCAGAGUUGCUAUUGACGGAAGCCGAAUUACAGAAUUUGACGUUAAUAGAAAUUGAAAAACUCCUUCAGGCAAACCGAAGGAGUCUCACAGAUUUUAAGCCAAUUCCAUAUCCGGAUGGGUAUGUUCUGCAACAGUUAGGCAAUAGACUCAUAUAUGAUGAACGUAAUUACGAUGCGUCGACAAUGAGAUCCGAAUUCACAAAUCUCUUUAAUGCUCUUACAGAUGAACAGAGGGGUAUCUAUGAAAGAAUUAUGGAGUCUGUCCAGGCGCAAAAGGGUGGCGUGUUCUUCCUACAUGGUUAUGGCGGCACUGGUAAAACCUACAUGUGGAGGACACUUGCAAGCAAAUUGAGGUCCAAACAUGAUAUUUGUUUAACCGUUGCAACCAGUGGAAUAGCUUCUCUUUUAUUGCCUGGAGGUAGAACCGCUCAUUCUAAGUUCAAGAUACCUGUACCAACAUUGGAUAAUUCUACUUGCAACGUAGAAUAUAACGAUGAUGUUGGAGAGCUUCUUAGGCAAACAAAACUUAUUAUAUGGGAUGAAGCACCCAUGGCACACAAGCAUGCUUUAGAAGCACUUGACAGAACUUUGAAGGAUGUAAUGAGUACCUAUAGUAACUCCAAGGAUGUGUUCGGUGGCAAGGUUGUUGUAUUUGGUGGUGAUUUUAGACAGAUUUUGCCUGUUGUUCCAAGAGGGAGUCGUUCUGAUAUCGUACACUCUACGAUAAAUGCUUCUUAUAUAUGGCAUUCAGUUCAGGUCUUAACGUUAACACAGAACAUGCGGCUGCAUUCUGGGCCAACUGAACAAGAUAGGAGAGAGAUUGCAGACUUUUCUAAUUGGCUUCUGAGAAUUGGUGAAGGCAAAGUUUCAGAACCAAACGACGGUGUUGCUGAAAUUGAAAUACCCCCUGAACUUUUAAUAACGGACUUCGACGAUCCUAUUGUUGGCAUUGUCAGUAGUACAUACCCUGAUUUCAUUCAAAAUUACAAAUCUAACGAUUACCUCAAAAGUCGAGCAAUACUCGCUUCCACGUUAGAAGUUGUUGAUGAGAUAAACGAUCACCUUCUUGCCUUAAUGCCAGGAGAGAUACGCGAUUACUAUAGUUGUAAUUCAGUUGAUAAAUCUGAAAUUCAUGAUCCGACCGUAGUUGACAUCCUUGCGCCUGAGUUUCUUAGUUCUCUACGAACAUCUGGUUUGCCUAACCAUCACAUAAAGUUAAAGGUUGGAACACCUGUUAUGCUAAUGCGAAACAUUGAUCAGUCAGAAGGUUUGUGUAACGGCACAAGGCUAAUUAUAACAAAGAUGGCAACCCAUGUCGUUGAAGCUAAAAUAAUGGCUGGAAAGGGUUUUGGAAAUUUAGUUUACAUCCCUCGGAUGGAUAUGUCACCCUCACAAUCCCCUUGGCCGUUCAAACUAAAUAGACGACAAUUUCCAAUAAUAGUCUCAUAUGCAAUGACUAUUAACAAAUCCCAGGGCCAGUCUUUGGAUACGGUAGGACUUUACUUGCCAAGAGAUGUAUUCACCCACGGUCAAAUAUAUGUCGCUCUAUCAAGGGUCACAACCAAACAAGGAAUCAAAAUAUUGGUACAUGAUGAUAAGGGCAAGUUCAAAGGAACCACUACAAACGUCGUUUACAAAGAGGUUUUCAAUAACAUAUGAGAUAAACUUAAUUACGGCUGCAUUUUUAUCCGUCUUAGAAGAGUUGCUGCUCCCGUUAUCCUACAACUUUACUGCCCCUGUAUGAAGUGAGUAUGACUCCUACAAUAUGACUGUAACUAUGUUGUCCAUGAAUUGAAUUGAAAAUG